GAUGGGAAAAUCGUGAAGUUCGUGAGUUUUGACAAGAGGCGUUAAAAAGGAUUUUUUGUCGACCGUUCAAAGUUGAUAACAAGAAAAAUUCAUUGAGUUGUUGGCGAUCGGCGAACGUCCUGAAAAAAAUUAUUGCCGGCCAAACGAUGUCCAAGCCGAAGGAAAUGAACAAGAACAGCUACUAUACGACGUACGCCACUAGGAUCGUCUUGAAUACGGCUUCCCAUCCAAUCGAAUACGCUAAAGUUUUAAUACAGAUUGGCUUCGAACCCAUAGCCCCAAAGCCAUGCACGACAUUCUUGGGAAAACCUGCACUGAAACUGCCAAACAUUUUCGACUACAUUAGACACAUUAAGAAGGUUGACGGUUUUGUGGGGCUGUAUAGGGGAUUGGUGCCCAAACUCUGUGGAAACAUUGUCUGUGCUGUUGCCUCGGAGAAGAUAUUGAAGAAUUACGAUGGUGAUUGUCAGAAUGAGCACGAGGAUAAUGAGCAGACCCAAGUGGUGGAUUCAAAACAAAAAUUUAUCAGUGAUUUGAAACGAGAAGUCAUUAGUAGGACUGGUUCAAUUAUUAUAAGCCAUCCGUUCCACGUUAUUACUAUUAGAAUGAUGGCUCAAUUUGUGGGAAAUGAAACCAAGUACAACGGAUUGUUCGGUUCGAUACAUGAAGUGUACAAGCAGAACGGCGUCAUGGGCUUCUUCAGUGGACUAGUUCCUAGGGUGAUUGGAGAUUUAAUUUUCGUACUUUUAGCCUCGACUCUAACGUACGCGCUCAACUCGUACGUAUUCGAGGAGGCCGAACUGCAAGUGUACACGAGUGCCACGAUGUCGUUCUUAGCAAGUGCGAUUACAUAUCCCUUCCAAGUGGUGUCCAACUGUAUGACCGUGUCGAACUCCGGUUUGGCCGCCGGUUCGAUGCCUUUCAUGCCGUUCUACACCUCGUGGGCGGAUUGCUGGUUCGAUCUUUCGAACAGGGGUCAGCUGAAGAGAGGCUCCAGCUUAUUGAUCAGGUACUACACCGGGCCUCAGGUGAUUAUCAGCGGCAGGCCGGUGCCGUUGCCCAAGGGAGAUUCAAUCAAUUUAAGUUAAAAUGGAAAUCUGCGUGGAAUACCGUCUGUGUGUGUGUGUAGUAUUGGUUUUUCUUUUCUUUUUGUGUGUUGUUCAAUUUGUAUUGAAAAUGCAUUUUGCUCCCCUCUGUAAAUUAUCGAUUGCUUUUAAAAAGAAUAUAUGUGUUUAUAUAUGU